AUGAGACGAAAGGAAUCAGGAAAUCUGAAUAAAAUUCCUCUAGGUCGCAAAAGCUGCCUUAAUACUGAACAAGGAACCAGUUUAUCCAAAUACAUACAAAACAUGGCAUCACACGGCUUUGCGCUUUCUGCCCAUGAUAUCAGAAAACUUGCGUUUUCUUUUGCUGUUCAAAAAAACAUUCCCCAUACUUUUAAUAACGAGGCAAAAAAAGCAGAGCAAGACUGGUUUUUGUCAUUUAUGACGAGACAUCCUGAGUUGGCAGUACGUAAAGCUCAAGGACUGUCCAUCGCCAGAGCUAAAGGAAUGACACAAGAAGAAUGUGUUAAAUAUUUUGAGUUACUAGGAGAUAUUUUAAGAGAAAAUAAUUUGUUGAAUGUUCCACAGAAAAUCUUUAAUCUCGAUGAAACUGGAUUGCAGUUGAACAAUAAUCCCGGAAAAGUUGUCACAAAUAAAGGUGCAAAGAUGGUAAAUUGUAUUACGAGUGCUGAAAAGGGAGAAACCAUUUCUGUUAUAACAUGUGUAAACGCGGAGGGCAGUUUCCUACCACCUUGUAUUUUCAAGGGAAAAAAUAAAAAAAUAGAAUUCGAGGAUGGUCGGCAUAUGUUACAUCGGAUAUUUUUUUCCAAUGGUUUCGUGAAUUCUUUGUCCCGAGAAAAGGACACGGUAAGGUUUUAA